AUGAAUCUGCAAUUUGUCAAAGUGAAGAACAUUGGCGAGGGAAGCUAUGCGGUUGUAGACUUGGUGAAGACGAUAAACGCUGUUCCGAGGUUACUUGCGCUUAAAUCUUCUCCUUCACCGAGUUCUUCGCUUCGAAAAGAAUACCAGAUACUUCGACAGUUCCUCUGUUGCACUAGUAUCGUUCAAUGCUACGGCGAUAAGUUUUUGAGCAUUGAUGAACUUGAGGUUGAAUAUGAUAAUAACGUGUUUCCCGAGUACGCCUCUGGUGGGAGCCUCCUGGAUUUGAUCGGUAAAUACGGUGGUAGAAUACCAGAAUCUGCUGUUCGACGUUAUACGAAGAUGAUACUCGAAGGGCUUUACAAUUUGGCUGAUUUUGGCUCGCCCAAGGAGCCCGGCGAACAAGACCCGAAGCCGGGUCGAGGCUGUGUUCGAGGUACUGCGCCUUACAUGUCGCCUGAAUCCGUGAAGCAUGGAGAAAUCACUGCUGCAUUGGAUAAAUGGUCGUUAGGGUGCGUUGUUAGGGAGAUUAUGAACGGAUUAAAUCGGUGGGAACGUCCGGAGAUUGAUCCGGAAGACUCGGCAACGACGAAUAUUGCUCAAGGGAUGUACCAGAUAUACCCCGAGAUAUGUCGGUGGCCGGGACGGAAUUCUUGA